AUGUCAGACAAAAGUGAUUUAAAAGCGGAACUCGAGCGCAAAAAGCAGCGUUUGGCUCAGAUAAGAGAAGAAAAGAAACGGAAGGAGGAAGAAAGGAAGAAGAAAGAGGCAGAUCUACAGCAAAAGAAGGAGCCGGCUCAGGAAGAUUCCGACCUAGAUCGCAAAAGAAGAGAGACAGAAGCUUUGUUACAGAGCAUUGGUAUAUCCCCAGAACCACCUCUAGUCCCAACCCCUAUGUCUCCCUCUUCGAAAUCAGUGAGCACACCCAGUGACGCAGGCAGCCAGGACUCGGGAGAUCUGGGACCCCUAGGAAGACGCAGACUGCACAAACUAGGGGUGUCCAAGAUUACCCAGGUUGAUUUCUUACCUCGGGAAGUGGUCUCGUACUCCAAGGAGACACAGACGCCUCUUGCCACGCAUCAAUCUGAAGAGGACGAAGAUGAUGAAGAGAUGGUGGAGCCAAAAGCACAGGAUGACUUGGAGACAGAAAAUCAAGACCAGAAGCAGGAAGUGAAAGAAG